GACACACUUGCCUAAGAGAGAUUUCGGCACUUGACUUAUCGGCUAUCCUCGCUCUCCCCGACGCCAAGCGCAUUUCUCUUGGUACAUAAUCCAAGCCUCACCAGACAAAAAAGAUGCCUCAGCAGCAGGUCAACGGGGACGUGCCUCACUCGGCUGCCGUCGACCACAUCCUCGCUUAUCCCGUCGUCAAUGACAGCAUCAACCAGUUCAAGGCAAACCCUAUCGGCAAGCGGUCGCUAGAGCUUGGCGACAAGGUCUACCGCACCUUUGCCGCUCCCGUCCUCCCUUGGUUCUCGCGGCCUCUGCAAUAUGUCGCCCCGUACAUUAAGAAAGCCGACGACCUCGGCGACAGGACCCUGUCCAAGGUGGACGAGAAGUUCCCUAUCCUGAAGAAGCCGACACAGGACAUCUACAGCGACGUCAAGACCAUUGCCGGUUUCCCGUAUCGCGUUGGCCAAAUCGGUAAGGACCACGUGGUCAGCACGUACCAGACCGAGUGCAAGAGCGUCCAGAGCGACAACAACUUGGUGACGUACGGCAAGGCGGCAAUCACCACGGCGCUCAUCCUCACCACGGACGCCUACAUCACCCUCAGCAACUUUUUCGGUGGCAAGGCCAAGGAGGUCAAGCAGAGCACCGAGGAGAGGACCAACAACUAGCCCCCACCGCGCCGCCAAUCACACGCACACACUCA